AGGAUCUCUGAUAUGGUCCUUAUUACUGAUAGGAUAGAUCCUGGUCAUAUGACAACGUUAUCUUUGCUCCAAAGCGGCCUUACUGAAGCUUGUCCUGUUUUACCUCAUUCUGGAUGACGGUCUUGUAUUCGUCUGGGAUAUUCUUCCAUAAUCUGAAGGUUGCAUUACUAUGGGAUGGCUACUUGACCAAGCAGGACAGCCCCUGACAACAACGGCUAUCUAAACGGAGACGUUUUAUACCCGGAAGUAAACCUUGAGGUCGUCAUGGGGAGCAAAGUCAGCUCCAAAAUGGCAGCUCCCACCGCUAGAGUAAUUCAGGCUGUUCGGCCACAUGCUCCUUUGAUCAAGUUCCCAAACAGACAGGAUGUACCAAGGCCCAAUGUCCAAGAGGCAUUGAAACUGCUCGGUCUUAACGUUCCACAACACAACGCCCCCAGUUCAGCCUCAACGUCGUCCAGACCUCAAGUACCUUUGACUCCCACCCUGGGAACGCCGGACUCACUGGCCUCUGUUCAGCAGCUGCCCGCCAGGUACCGCAGGAGACCGUUAACUCUGGAUGAAAUGGACUACAUCCAGCGUGGUGGACCAGAGUGAUCCGAAACAAUUCAUUCUCUGCAGCCAAAGGAAGAGGAGUCUUUCUUCUCAUCAACACAACCCUAAUGCUGAGAUUCAUAGGAUAUAUUACAUAAAUCCUAUUGCAAUGUACAUAAUGUUUAUUUUAAAUGAUUACAAUUUAUUUUAAGUUCACACUAAAGGAUAGCUUCAUUGUAAUACACAAAAAAAAGCCAUAAUUAUUUUUUUUUUUCCUUCAAUAAAAUUGAACCAUGACGGCAGUGGAGACAGCUUGGUUUUAAAUGAUCAUUUAAAUUUGAUGGAGCUACACAUGAACUGUAACUAUCCUCAAAUGCAAGUCGACAAAAUAAAAUGACAUCUGGUUUUAUUUUAAAUCAGGGCAAACGUCAAAAAAAAAAAGUGGUUAUGAAAAUUUUUGAAACUGUUUUGUUGUGAACCACUGGAUUAAAUUGAUUAUAAUGA